CAUGUAUAACAUUAACCGGCGUGCCUUUCCAAACGCCACACAAACUCCUCGAACCCAGAUGCAUGCGUUCCCAACCUUCCCAACCUUUCGAAAUUCGCCUGUAUGAUACAAGGUGCCUGGUGCCUGAAACUCGUCCAUCAAAGGCUGUCUGUGCGGUGGAACCCGCGCGAGGACAAUGGGAUUGAACGCCGGAAUCUAGACGGGCAAGUUGAACUUCUUUCCUUGCACGACCCUGUACAGUAACGUGCUUUGUUAAUGACUGAAAGACAGGAAUUGCAGAGGAGCGGAAGAUGAAGCAAAUGUACGUACUUUGUGUAGUAAAUCCAGAAGAAAUCCGAGUACAAGAUCGUUUGAAUGAUUCCGGCAAUAACGGCGAUGGGGUCGUAAAAGCGAGGCGUCUCAGUGAAAUACCUGUAGAGCCAAUUGGGGAUGUACAGAGCACGGUACGCUCCGAGAGCGAAAAGAUAGUGGGUGGUGAUCGUCUCUGCCUCCCCGGUUCGCUGGAGCAUGAAGAGCUGGGGAAGAAUGGCAACUGACUCCAACCAAAUGGAAAAUGCCCA